AUGACUAAAAACAUUAAUUCAUUAUUGUGUAGGAAUAACGUUAGUGGACAUAUAAUUUUAGAAAUGGAAUCUUCAUCAACAACAACAAUAAAUAAUCAAAAGAUUGGAAAGUUCUUUGGUCAAAAAGUACCAAAAGAACAAACAAUCAAUAACAACAACAACAACAACAAUAAUCAAGAAGAAUCAAUUAAUACUCCUACCAUCAAUGAUUUAAUCAUUCAACAAAUUAUUGAAAAUCUAUGUCGUGAUGUAUAUCUUAGAUGUAAUAUGGAUGAGAAUGGAUGGAUUGCUUUAUCAUUUAUCUCAAAGUUCAACCGUAUGAAGUCGUUCGAUAUGAAGGAUAUCGUGGAGAGUGUUGCGCUGUCUGAGGUCGUCGAGUUGAACGAGGACAACACUGCCAUUCGUUUGGCGAGUGAGAAGCGUACCAUGUGGAUCCUGACCGACGAUAUGAAGCGAGGAUUCCAAUAUGGAUUGUCGAGAGUCGAGUUGGAACCAACACCGGUGCCAACACCCGACGAGAAUGGCGGAUGGGUGACUGUCACCUCGAAGAAACACAACCUGCCACUCAAGAGAGAUCAAUCGAUUGAUGACUCCAUCAAGAAUCUCGCUCAAGAGGAACCGAUGUUUGCUCUUGAAGAUGAAGAUCAAGAUAAUGACGAACACGAAUCGGAAGUAAACAGUCCAGCUGCCAACAACAACAACGCAUCACCCGAUUUCUUUAGUAAGGAACGUAGAGAUUUCGAUAAGAGAAUAGUAUCUGAGGAAGAACAAGAGCAAGAAGAGGAAGAGGACGAGAAUGAAUCAUCUACUUUUGAGGAGGUUGAUUCCGAUCAUAAGGAGGUUUUCGGCGACGAGCAAUCUGAAGAGGAACAAUCCGAAGAUGAGGAUUUCGAUCAGGAUGACGAAAGCACUCUUGACGAGUUGUUCAGUAAAUUGAUUAUCGUCACUCAAUCGCCAUAUAAAAAGAAAGGAAAAUCAAGCAACAGAAAAGGAUUCUCCAAUGAAAUCGCAUCGAUGAUCAACGAUGGUCUUUACUUUUACGAGCAGGAUCUCAAGAGAAAGAAAGUUCAACAACCAAAGAACUAUGCAACUGUCACUAUUGCUCCAUCGACAUCGACAUCAUCAACCAAGGUCAACAAACCAACUACAACAGCUACAACCAAUAGCAACAGCAGCAAUAAUUCAGCUGUCUCCAAAGUUAGAGAUCAACCAACUCGUCUCUAUUCACCAAAGGUCAAGAAGGAAGGACCACCAGUCGGUUGGAUUAUGGCUCCCACCUCUGAGGAUGCCGCUCCCACACCAAGUCCAAGCGAACCAUACUUGCUCAGCGCACAUCCACUUCCCAAGAAGUUGGCAGCUGCCGGCUCGUCGUACGACGGCAAGGAGAUUCCUUACUUCCAGCAUCCAUCGCACGAACUUCUCCAAGACAAUGGUUUCAUGCAACACAAAUACGACAAGUUCCGUUCCAAGUGUCUCAAAGAUCGUAAGCGUCUCGGUAUCGGUCAAUCGACAGAGAUGAACACUCUCUUCCGUUUCUGGUCGCACUUCCUUCGUGAUCAUUUCAACACCAAGAUGUACACCGAGUUCAAACAGGUCGCUCUCGAAGACGCCAAACACAACUUUAGAUACGGAUUGGAAUGUAUCUUUAGAUUCCUCAGCUACGGUCUCGAGAAGAAGUACCGUGCCGACAUCUACCACGACUUCCAGUCGCUCACACUCCAGGACUACCACGACGGCUACGUCUAUGGACUCGAGAAGUUCUGGGCAUACCUCAAAUUCAGAAAAGACCGUACCAAGCUCGAGAUUGUUCCGGAGCUCCAACAGCUGUUGAACAAGUUUAGAUCGAUCGAAGACUUCCGUGCCUACGAGAAGUCAAUGAAGCCAUCGACUUCACCACUGCCACGUUACAACAGCUUCCACCAUCAAAACACCAAACACCAACAACAAAAUCAACAACAUCAAUCAUUAUCAUCUUCUUCUUCCAACUCAAAUAACAACAACAACAACAACUCUCAAUCCAGCUAUGGAAACAGAAGAGUACAGAGGAAACCAUCCUCAUCUACUUCUCAGGCCUCCUGGACCACCAAGCAUCAGCAGAUCGGUGGAUCCGAGUCCUACACCAAAAAUGGCCACCAUUAA